CGUGGGUCACGAGCGCAGCCCUUUUUCUCUCUCCAGCACGUUUGCGGUCCGAUGACAUUGCAAUGAGGGAUUUAAAACAAUCGUAGAAUUCCUGAUUCAUUGUCAGUCUGAGCCGAUUCACUGGGUCACAUCUCGUGCCAGCCUCCCCACCCCCUCCCCCCUCCCGGGUGCCAGCGGCAGGUUGCUAUGGAGAACUCCUCGGUGGCGUCUGCGUCCUCGGAGGCUGGCAGCACGCGCUCCCAGGAGAUCGAGGAGCUAGAGCGCUUUAUCGACAGCUACGUGCUGGAAUACCAGGUUCAGGGCCUGCUGAGCGACAAGACCGAGGCGGAUGUGGAUGGGGAGAAGGCCCAGUCUCAUGUGUCACAGUGGACUGAAUACUGCAGUGACAAGAUAGAUGGGAGCUGGUCGUCGUCUCGAGGGAGGGGAUCUACCAAGCCAGAUGACUGGGAGCACAGCAGCAAUGGCAGCACUGGAUCACGACCCAGUUCAGGGUCCCGGCCCGGGUCUGGAUCUAGGUCAGGCAGUCGAGGGCGGAGCAAUCAAUUCCGAGGCCCUGCAAAGAAUGGAAACAGGGAGGGCUCCUUUGAUAUACUGGGAACUGACAUUUGGGCUGCCAACACUUUGGAUUCUCACGGAGGAGCGACCUGGGACCUUCAGCCAGAGAAGCUUGAUAUCUCGCAGUUUCACCGGAAGCCAUUCAGGGGGACGCCGAAGCCCCUCCCACACUUUGACCGAGAAGGGAUGAUGAAAGGGAAAUUCGAUGAUGACGAUGGUAUUGACCUGAAUGACAUGGAGAAGUUCCUUCCUGGCUUCCCAGUCUACCCUCCGCUCCCGAAUGAGGCUGAGAUUGCACACGCGAAGAAGCUGUUUCGCCGGAGGAGGACCGGCCGCCGACACACACACACCUCCCUGGAGCAGUUAAUCGUGGUGCUGCCCUUUGACGGUAGACGGCAAGUGACCAGGAGACAGCAGCGAUUGCAAGGAGUUGGGAAGUCCCAGAAUCCUCAGCAGCAACAGCUGCCACAGCAGCUGCAACAACAACCACAACAACAACCACAACAACAACAACAUCCACAACAACAUCCACAACAACAACAACAUCCACAACAACAACAACAUCCACAACAACAACAACAACAACAACCACAGCAACAACAACAACCACAGCAACAACAACAAGCACACCAACAGCAGCAGAAUGCCGAGCAUUCGGCAGCCAACACCAAACAUGUCCGCGAACAUGGCCGCCAGUUCCAGAACCAGAGUCCACACCCAUCUGGGCGCCACCACUGCUACAGCCAGAACUGGCGCUGGAACCAUAACCAGAAGUACCCAGUGGCGGCGCUAGGGGGGGCCACUGAUGACAAGGGAGCUCUCAGAGACACCAAAGAGACUGACAAUGUGAGGGUGGAGGAACCGCCCCCACCCCGGGGAGAGCCAGUGGCCGAGCGUAGCCAUGGCGACCGGCAGGGCCGCGCCCCACCCGCGGAGGACAAACACGCAGAAAGCUACUCAGCAGGGCCCAAAGUCAGCCUACUGCAGUCAUCCAAGGAGAGGCUGAGGCGCAGGCUCAAGGAGAAGGAUGAGAUCCCGGUGAAAACCACCAAUCGGCAGAGGAACCGCAUGGACAAGCUGAUGGAGAUCCUCAACAGCAUGCGGAAUAACAGCAGCGAGGUGGACAGCCAGCUGACAACCUUCAUGGAGGAAGCCCAGAACUCCACCAACUCCGAGGAGAUGCUGUCUGAGAUCGUGAGCACCAUCUACAACAAGGCCGUGAGCGACCGCAGCUUCGCCUCUACUGCUGCCAAGCUGUGUGAUAAGAUGGCACUCUUCAUAGUUGAAGGCACCAAGUUUCGUUCCCUGCUGCUCAACAUGCUACAGAGAGAUUUCACCCGACGGGAGGAGCUCCAGCAAACGGACGUUGAGCGAUGGCUGGGCUUCAUCACCUUCCUCUGUGAGGUUUUCGGGAUCAUGAGGAGCAGUGCCGGCGAACCCUUCAGGGUCCUGGUGUGCCCGAUCUACACCUGUCUCAGGGAGUUGUUGGAAUCUUCAGAAGUAAAGGAGGAUGCGGUGCUGUGCUGCUCUAUGGAGCUGCAGAGCACCGGUCGCCUCCUAGAGGAGCAGCUGCCGGAGAUGAUGACGGAGCUUCUGGCGGCAGCCCGGGACAAGAUGCUGUGCCCGUGCGAGUCGCAGCUGACGCGCUCCCUGCUCAUGGAGGUCAUCGAGCUGCAUGCCCACCAGUGGAGCCCCCUGGAGGCUCUCACCACACAGUACUACAACAGGACCAUCCAGAAGCUCACAGCCUGAGACUCCCGGAGGGUGAUCGCCGUGCCGUCGCCACGGCGACAUCAUCCGAAAGCCCGCUGCUUCUUUGGGGCGGGGAGGGGGAGGGGGCAGCUGGGCCAGGGUGAGGGGGUCAGGGGACGUAGACAGACUUGUCACUGCCGACACUGCCUGUGACGAAAGGGGUUUGUGUGCCGCCCACGCAGAAGCCGGAGGGCGACAAAGGAAACACGUGACGGAGAGGUGUCCCAGCACGACUGGGAAUAGGGCUUUUUCAGAGGAAAGGGAGAGCAGGGCGGGGGGGCGGGAUUUGGCUUUUCUUCUUCUCUUUUGUGUUCGUGUGCCAAGUCCCCCCCCCCCCAGCACCAAAAAGCAAACACUUGCUCUCAGCUCCACAGAGGUCACAUUUAGCCCUCCGAGGUGUCUUCUGUGAGGUCAAAUGAACAGACUUUUCGGAGUGCAGUCAUGAGUCAUUCCUGGAUCUGCCCCGCUGCGCCUUUAUGUGGCUGCUGCCUGCUGGCCAACUCAGUGGCAGAUGGCCACUGGGACGUCAAGAGCCGGCACACUCCUGGGUCCCGGCCCGCACCCCAUUGGCUGCGGGGGCUGGGGGGCGGGGCAGCGAGGCCCCUGCAUUGAGGGCUCUGUCGUUUUCCCUCCUUUUCUGUUCGUGUCGUCCUCCAUUGAGCUGAGCUUGCUCCUACGACAUUAUUUUAUUAUUCUUUUAAAUCAUGUUUAAAGAUAUUUUAGGGUAUAAUUGCACAGCUCUGAUUUGAUUUGCACUGUUUCAAGACAGUUGUUUUAAAUGCGGAGAGCAGCACGUCUUAGAACAUUUCUCCAAGACUGCAGUAAAAGCUUCAGUAGCUGGAGAAUUGGAUGUAAUCGAAGGGAUGCUUUUGGAGUAAUAACAGAGAAUGUAUUUAAAGAACAUGGGAGAGGCUAUUGACCUACACAGUGUGAAGUAUGUCCGUAUUUACUAAGCAACAUAUGUGUUGAAGCCUUGUAGUAUAUGAUAGGAAAUCUGACAUUCCCUUGCAAAUUCAAGCUUUUAAAAAUAAAAUACAAAUCAGAAGUUGAAGAAAGCAGGCGUUCAUCGCCAGGCUUUCACCAUUCUGCAGUGGUUAUAUUUUUGCAAGUUUUUUUUUUUUUUUUUUUUGUGAGACGUCUCCUGAUUUUGCAGCUCUGUAUGAUUGGUGUAUUUGCAGAUGCUAAAAUAUUUUAAGCAUCGUGUCAGUCGCUAAUGCUGGCUUCUGCAAAUAUGUAUAAUAUUGUAUUGACAGGCCCAGCCAAGGGCAAUAUGGUAUAUAAUCUCAUAAACAGUAUUCAUGAAAUAUUAAGAGUAAGCAGAGCGAGGUCGAAGAAUACUGGUGCAGGAAUCGCUUAUGUCUUUAGGUAAUUUUCGAAUGUAGGGCUUACAUUUUAAGUCUUUUAAAAAAGACUGAAGUGUUUUGGAUAAACACCAGUCUUCAGACACUACUUAUGUGUAAGCUCUUUUUUUUAAAAUUAUUCUCUGUGGGCAAUCUUGUGUUUUAAUUUUAGUCUUGCACCAAUAAUCUAGCUCUUGUGCUAUUUUUUUAUUUAAGCUUUUAUUUAAUGUCAUAUUGUUUUUAAUGGGUUCCAUGAUGUAAGUUAUACAUUUAUAAUAUACUUGGCUGUUUAGUACACGUGUGAGCCUUCUGUGUGCAAGCUUGUGGUUCUGUUGGUCAGUUCACAUGUACGGAUCUGGUCUUCUCUUUCAUCCAGACUCAGAUUCCGUCUUAAGAACUGUGCUCCUUGAUGCCCCUGGUCCUGCAUAGUCAUGUGACCAUCAUUGAAUUAAAAGCCCUCAGUCUGGCCACAUCUAAGGCAUUUAAACAUCCAUUUGCAUGACUACUGUGAAUUUAUUAGGCUAGAUAUUGGCCAGAGGUAAUGGUCAUGAAUACGUUGAAAAAUUAAAAGAUUUCAAUAGUGCCAGUGUGUCAUCUUCUCCCAUCAUCUCUCAGCUUCUGCUGCAUUACGAAAGUGGGCAAUGUACCCCCAGCCAGUUUGGUAAGAUGAAGGAAGUGAUCAAUGGUCAGCAGCAUUAAUUGUUCUUUCGUGCUUUAUCUGUACUGUAAUUUGAGUUCUGUACUGUUCUUCGGAGAACUACAUUCAAAAAGCUGUGGUUCUCCCACACACACUCUUUGUGGCUUGUUUAUAACCAGUAGUUGGAGUGUUGUACACUUUUUAAUUAGGGUGCUUUUCUACUGCUCUAGGUACUGAACUUUCGGUACUUCAGAAUGGUACCAAAGUUAAUGGUACUUGUGUUUUUCUUCUGGCAUGAAAAUCUGGUACUGCCGCAGGAUGACAUCAUCACAACACAAGGCGGGGGAUUUGUACUGAAUUUGAAAAUGGUUACUAUGUUACAGGGCUGGCCGAUGUGCGAUAUUAAUAUUGUUGUGCACAUGUAAUUCUCACAUCACAAGGACCACGAUAGUCAGGUGGUCUAAGAUCUAGCUUUUUCCUACCUUCAUCUUAUACAAAUAUUAUACCACUGUAUAUGGUAUUUUCAAAAUGUUAUUUUGCAAAACAUUUCCGGUAUUUUGAAGUCUUGCUGACAAGAUUCCGCGGUUUAAGUCUCACUAAAACAUUUUAAUCUGUCCAAAGAAACAAUUUAGCAAGCUUUGCAACUUCAGCAUUUGUCCAUGCAUCCAUUGUAAUAAUUUAUUUUAAAAUUUUGUUCAGUAUUGUUUUCUGACUUCACAACUACGCCUUCUCAAGGUGCAGGUUGUAUUUUGUGUGUUUCAGAGGCAGGUUAUUUGCAUGGCCAAUUACAAUGAACACGUUUACAAGUAGCACCCUAAAGUACUGAAGGGACUGCCCUUGCUGGCUUGCUGCUUUGGUGCUGGACCAGAAAUCAAAGAAAAAAGGAACAUUUUUGAUACCAAAGGUUUGGUACCUGGUGCAGUGGAAAAAAUACCCUUAGACUGCUGUUUGGCUAUGCUGCUGUUAUUUACAUUAGAAUGGAAAAGCACACAGAACGAGCUUAGCUCAGCACUUCAUGUCCAAGAGGUAUCCAGGUCAUCCUCUUAGCCUUCUCUGUGUGAAUCUCCUUUCAGAACCUGUGGGUAGCCUUGAUCUGAGACCCCGGCAGGGUUAUGUGCUGCAGGGUGGGUCCCUUCGGCCAGAAAGCCCGCCUCCCUCCAGCCAUCUCCAGGCACCCACAGAUGUCCUUCAAACCACUGCAAAUGGAUCAGAAUCUCUCCUUUUAUGAAUUUAAGGGAGCCUGAUAUGUGUUGUUGAUGAAAUGUUGGGUGUGAAGCAGCGAGACUCGAACAUUUAUUCCUGUAAAGUGUCUUUACUUUCCAGAUAAAGUAAAUGUGUUAAUUGAAAUAAAUUUCUAAUCAAUAAAUGGGCCAAAAAAAAACAAAGGAUUGAGGAAGGAGUAGUUUACAGUGCGGUAAUAAAUUAGAAAAACAGUGAAAUAUUUCAUAGGAGGUGUGUAUUUUUACAAGAGGGACUGAAAUAUAGGAAAACAUUACAGUGGGAGAAGAAAAAUGAAAAUAGUGAGUCAAAUAAAAUCUUAUUCCAUAUCAUGCGUAAUAACCAUGAAACAAACUAUUAAAUUGUGGGAGAACAUCACAAAUCAGGGCUGUAGUGAAGAUUCAGUGGUUUGAUCUCAAAAAAACAGAAACAACAAUUGAUUUGACAUAAGAACAUAAUGCAUAAAUAUUUUCAAAAAAUCUAGCACUGUUUCGGAGAGUCGUGCAUGAUUCUAUAAAAAAAUAUCUGCAUUAAAGUGUUACCAAGGAAACGGCUCAUCUCAAAUAUACUCUGGGAUUUGUCUGGAGUUUCAAAAAGUUAUUUUUUUGUUUCAUAUUUGUGAUGAUUCAUUUAAAGAGCUCAUACCCAGCUAAUAUGGGAGAUUUCACAGCACACGUCGAAAGUGAACUGAUACUAUGGUAGUUUAACCAUAAAAUUGAUACAAGCGCAGGAAAACUGAUCUUGCCAAGGUCCAUGGCAAAUAUUUUGCACUUUACCAGAAUAAUAGUCUGCAGUUUGUUACCUGCAGGCAUAACUUGGGAAAAUCAUUAUGAAAUUAAUAUGUAAAGUAACAGCAGUGUUACUUUAUAUGUGGAGAAAAAUCAUUUGUUUUAUUUCUAUUUUUUUCAUUCUUUCAAAUGCCAUUAUUCUGCAUUUAACUGUAGAUUCUUUUUUUGCUCUGAGUGUAGUUGCAAGCAAAAAAGUAAUGUGAAUAUGUGCAAAAGACACUGCUUUGGUAACCCUAAAAAUAAAAAAGUACAACUGUGCCUGAUGCCUGUCGUCAGACUGCAGUGAAGAUCACGCAAGAUAAACGUCAAAUCAACCUAAAACGGGACCACAUAGGACUGAGUGGAAAAUGGAGCUGGUAACCGUGCGUAUCCUCAUUCUGUGUACUAGAUGCUGCCAUAUGUGCUUUGCAUUAAAGCAGGUUUAGAAACAAUGACAUCCGAAAGAUUUAUUUCCUAAGCUUUAAAUUAUUAUGACUAUUUAAUACUUGAAAUAAUAAAAAUAACAGCUUUUGCGUUGAACUGAUUCAUUCACGGGUUGUUUCAAUUUCUUCUUGAAAAUGGGGCCAAAUUCACAUGCUUGACGAAGGUCUUUGAUUUAAUUACCCAUUGAGCCUUACAUACAUAGCCUGUUUACUAUGGUUAUACUUUAAAGCUAUAUGUAAGGCAAACUGGUUAAAACUGGCUAAGGUAUGCUGUUUCAAUUGGGUAAACGCCCUUGCUAGCUCCGCGAUGUGGACUUCGGCGCAGAUCCUGAUGUUGAUCUAAGCUCAGCCUUUAUGUCCAGCGAAAGGGAACUGAACAGUCAUAUUCUGACAUCCUGGACUGGCAGUUAGGAAAUGAUGUCAUGACCUGUGUGCUUCCUGAAUUAACUGCUUAAUGAUUCCACUAGUUAGGUCUGCUGAGUAAGCCUGAACUUUAUCCUGCAGAGACGAAUCCUAGCUGCUGCAUCCAUUCUGUCUUUUAACGGAUCCCUUCUUGGGAUUCACUGUUGCUGACAUGGGUCUGAUUCUCUCUUACCUCCUUGUGGUGCCAGAAUAAAGAAGCUUGUGGUUGUUAUUCUUCCUUAUCAUUUCCUGCUCACACCUAACCAGCAGCGAAAAUGAGCGCUACUUCCUGGUUUAUAAUUGCAAAAAAGGGUUUGGGCUUUCCUGUAUCUGAAUACCAAUAACCUGUCAUUGUUAAGUUGUAAUCUCUUAUGAUUUGUUUUAAAAGGCUUGUACGUAAUAUCAUGUAUAUGAAGUCACGUGUCCAUUUGCACACUGAUUAAAGUACAUGGAGGAGUUUGUGAAUGCAAACUGUAAGCUUUUUUCCAGAAGAAUCUGACAAAUACCCUUCUUUGUUAAAGUGACAUUUUAGUCGUAAAUAUUCUUUUGUUGUUAAAAAUGCUACUUUUUGCAUAAUAUUCUGUAGUUCAACUUGUUCUUGUGAAGCAGUUGGCAGAUUUAACAGGAGGUUGGAAGUGUGGGGAUUCCUGGGGGCAGGGAGCAGCACCUGAUGUCAUCGUUGUGACAAUUUAAUUCCUGUCAGGCCGCUGUCACUGUACUACCCUGUUUGCGUGAUGUGACCCUGUUGCCAAGCAACAUGAAGUUCAGCAACACUUCGCAACUUCCUUUAGCAAACCCUGACUAUACUCUCAGGUUUUUAUUUAAUCCAUGUGUUUGUGGUUUAUUGCGUUAACUUUAUAAUCAUCCAUAGGUCGUCAUUCAUAUUUAUGACUUUCAAACAUUCAGAUAAGUAAUAUCUUUUAAACAAUAAUUUAUUGUUUGGUUGAAAUUAGAUUCUUCAGGAAAUCAACCAUUAGUGAUUUUUUUUUUAUUUACAAUCAUUGUCUCUGCAAAACCUUUUUUUCCUGUUUACAGACUGUGAUGUUACUGAAUUAAGAAUUGUACCAUAUAUUCAAUCUGAUUCAUUUACACCAAUAAGCACUAAGAGCUUAAAGUAUUGUUACCCUUAAGUUUCUAUGAAAUGCUCUGUAACUUAAAUGAUUCCACAAAAACAUUGAUUGGAGUUUAUAAAUGAUGAAGAGUUUCCUUUGUACAUAAUUUAAUUCCUAAUUUCAUUCUGGGAGUCAAUGUGUUUUUCUCUUCUUCCUUAAUGAUUGUUUUUGUGUUUUGUCAACACCUACUGUAUGAUCUACAUAUAGGCUAUAACACAAAUACUCUCCUAUAGUGGUUUUGGAGAAAUUCAGCAUAGGAACUUCAUUUUAGACGUUGAUUGGUUUAGAUCAUUGAUUGGUCCGCUCCUUGCAAUCUGGAAAGGUAGAGUUAUGAAGAUGCAUAGGCCGAUUAUGGCUUCUGAGUUAGUGAAUUACUGUGCAGAUGAUUUAAAAACAGCAAAAUUGAGUGGGCAUGAAGUUCAUUGAAUGGAACACAGCUGGUCAUUUUAAAAAUCCCAACAAUUAAAGAAACAUUAAAAUUGUUUCAUACAGUCUUCCCUAACCUCUGCCCUAUUGUCCUUGGAUGUUUCCAAUGAAGUACAUUGUGCCUAACAUUGUAACUAUGAUGUUUUUAAUAUAGGCUGAAGACGUUUGUUGCACAAAGGCCGUUCUGUUCUGCUGGGCAGUUUAUUUAGGAAAAAAUAAAUGUUGUUGCAUCUGUUCCAGGAUGAAUUAAUGAAAAUAUGAAAAAGCUACCUUGAAGUACCAUUCAGGUACUUUUGUCUUCAAUUACCAAGUCCCCUUUUCAAGAAUACUGGGGAUUAGGUGAUAAAGAACAGCCCCAAAGAUUGAGAUGUCAUUAGCUUUUUUUAAUCUACUCAUUGUAAUAUUUGUGUAUUAACAUCCCACCCUAUCUACUUCUAUUUCAUUUAUACUCUUUUUUUUUUUGGUACCACUUUACAAUAAGGCUCCCUUUUGCCACUUGUAAAUGUUAGUAACUCAUUAAUAAAAAGAAAACUGUGUUAUAACUUGUUUAAAAUUGUCUAUUAAUAAUUGACAAAGUGUUGCAACCUAAUUAACAACCAGAUUAUAAACCAUUCAUAAACUCCUUAUAUGGGUAGCCUUAUUGUAAAGUGGCACCCUUUAAAAAAAAAAUAAAAUUUAAAAAGGGAAAGAUCUUGAAAAUGUCCGUGGGUCUCCAGCCUCCGUGUUUGUCAUUCCAGUGUUUGUUGAAGCAUCUAUUAUAAAGUUCUCAUAGCACGCCGGCCUGAAUCUCCGUGAUUGGUUUUUGGGUCUCGGCUUUUGAGUCCGUCGUUCGUCGUGUUGCCCGCAGGUCUUGGUGAACAUGUACGUUUCUAAUGCCAAUUAAAGGAGACCUGAUGGCAGAGGGCUAUCCCAAGGUGACCUCACGCCGUAUGUCAGCACUUGUGCAAAAUCCUAUGACUUUGUAACACGGCUCGGAGGCACUGAUAGAGAGACCCGGGCUAUAUUGACACAUCUGCAUGUGUUCCCCGGUUGUGUUUUUCUCCCUUGGGUCAAUGUAUUCAAACAAAAACAGCUGCGCUUUGAAUUCGCAGCACGCUGUCACGCACAUCAAAGUACAAGGUGACCUCUUGUCUAUACAUUAGUUUGGCGUGCGACCAGUGAUCAAAGAUACAAAUAAUAAGACCAUUCACCGCCUUCUGUUGGUAUAUUAAUAUCAUUACACGGCACCUCAUGUAGUGCAAAUAUGCGACACUUCAGUCCAAAUCCAGAUACCACUCAAGGUGUCUCAGUGCAAACAGGAAAAUAUUGCAAAUGUUUGAUCUGCUUCAGUCCUGAAUGUAGAUAUACCUGUCUUAUCUACAGGCCGGUUUGAAAUGCAGUUUUCCAUGACUAGUCUGAAUUUAAUUUAUUAUUUUGUUUUAAUUUCAUUUAGUAGUUCAGUAGUCAAACUUAACUAUUCACAUCACGGGGGAACAUUACCAAAGGACGUGAUAAGUCGUGGCUACACCCAUUUUUUGUAAAAUUCAGCUGAUUUGGUUGGUAUCUUAAUUUGCUCAAAUUUUGAAGCAGUUCUAGUAAUGGCUUUGUUUGUCGUUAGUGUUCUUUCGUAAAUAGCAGCAGGUGAUGUGGUCCUUGACCAGAGGAAACCCAUAAGAUGAAUGAAAAUGACAUGUCUAACAAUGGCUGUCUGUGCACAGUGAAAGCAAGCCAUUGUUUAAGAAGGACGACAAGUACGCUUGCUAAGGACAGUACAGUGAUAUACUGUAUAAUAUAACUCAUGUUGUCUUCGUCUUGUGCUUGGAGAAUACAGAUGGUAAUUUUACAUGUAUAAUCAUAUUUUUGUGUGUGUGUUUUGGGCAAUAUCUAAAUUUAUUUAAUUAUCUAAGUAAAAUAUCCUCCCUGUUUUGCUGAAAUAUUUUAUACAACUAAAAAUAUCUUCCAUAUUCUCCAGUUAUUCAACACGCAACAUACAGUAUCCAACCCACAAUAUCAUAUUGCAACUUGCUUAGAUGAAUGAAAUUCAUUUGAAUAGCCCCGUUUUUUGUUAAAUUACAUUUAUUCUCUCCAGUUUUAUUUUGCUUUCCUGAAACAAUAAUAGCAUGAUUUAAAUACCUCAGUAUAAUAAGCAAACGUUACAUGUUUUGCACAUUUUAUUUAGACUUGUAUGCAUCUUGUAAAUGAAUUUUGAUAUAUGCAGUUUUUCAUUUUGUGUUGUUUUUUUGGUUACUAUAUGGGCUGAAACUUAGCGCUAUACUGCAAGGACUGUUGUGACCGUCGUCACAACCUUGGUAUAUUAAAAUCUAGCCACUAUAAUAUGAA